GAAGUCAUCCGAGUCUAGACUGCGGCGGGUACCGCCGGCCCGGACAGCUGUCGGUUCUUCUUAGCAACCACGAUGGCAGAACGUGGGGCGCUAGAGGAGCUGGUGCGACUUCAGGGGGAGCGCGUGCGGAGCCUCAAGCAGCAGAAGGCCAGCGCCGAGCAGAUCGAAGAGGAGGUAGCGAAAUUACUGCAGCUGAAGGCACAGCUGGGCCCAGAUGAAGGGAAACAGAAGUUUGUACUCAAAACUCCCAAGGGCACACGAGACUACAGUCCCCGGCAGAUGGCAGUUCGGGAGAAGGUGUUUGAUGUCAUCAUUAGCUGCUUCAAGCGCCACGGUGCUGAAGUGAUUGAUACGCCUGUGUUUGAACUAAAGGAAACACUGACUGGGAAAUAUGGGGAAGACUCUAAGCUUAUCUACGAUCUGAAGGACCAGGGUGGGGAGCUGCUGUCCCUUCGCUAUGACCUCACCGUUCCUUUUGCUCGAUAUUUGGCAAUGAAUAAACUGACCAACAUCAAGCGCUACCAUAUAGCAAAAGUGUAUCGGCGGGAUAACCCAGCAAUGACCCGGGGGCGCUAUCGCGAAUUCUACCAGUGUGACUUUGACAUCGCUGGCCAGUUUGACCCCAUGAUCCCUGAUGCAGAGUGCCUGAAAAUCAUGUGUGAGAUCCUGAGCUCCCUUCAGAUCGGUGACUUCCUGAUCAAGGUCAAUGACCGGCGCAUCCUAGACGGAAUGUUUGCCAUCUGUGGUGUUCCAGACAGCAAGUUCCGCACCAUCUGCUCCUCAGUGGACAAGCUGGACAAGGUGUCCUGGGAGGAAGUAAAGAAUGAGAUGGUGGGGGAAAAGGGCCUUGCACCUGAAGUGGCCGACAGCAUCGGGGUCUACGUCCAGCAGCAUGGUGGGGUAUCCCUAGUUGACCAGUUGCUUCAGGAUUCGAAGCUGUCCCAAAACAAGCAGGCCUUGGAGGGCCUGGGAGACCUGAAGCUGCUGUUUGAGUACCUGACCCUGUUUGGCGUUGCUGACAAGAUCUCCUUUGACCUGAGCCUCGCGAGAGGGCUGGACUACUACACGGGCGUGAUCUAUGAGGCCGUGCUGCUGCAGACUCCAGCUAGGGAAGGGGAAGAGCCCCUCGGUGUGGGCAGUGUCGCCGCUGGAGGCCGCUAUGAUGGACUGGUGGGCAUGUUUGACCCCAAAGGGCGCAAGGUGCCCUGCGUGGGGCUCAGCGUUGGAGUGGAGCGCAUCUUCUCCAUUGUGGAGCAGAGGCUGGAGGCACUGGAGGAGAAGGUGCGGACCACAGAGACACAAGUGCUUGUGGCCUCUGCACAGAAGAAGCUGCUGGAGGAGAGACUGAAGCUCGCUGCGGAGUUAUGGGAUGCUGGCAUCAAGGCAGAGCUGCUCUACAAGAAGAACCCUAAGUUACUGAAUCAGUUGCAGUACUGCGAAGAGACAGGCAUCCCCCUGGUGGCCAUCAUCGGUGAACAGGAGCUCAAGGAAGGGGUCAUCAAGCUCCGCUCAGUGGCCAGCAGGGAAGAGGUGGAUGUCCGGAGAGAAGACCUGGUGGACGAGAUCAAACGGAGAACGAGCCAGCCCCUGUGCAUCUGCUGACCGACUAGCAAGGCCGCAGAGGGAAAGUGGACUGACACUGCGUGAGGCCAAGACAGGGAACUUGGCAAUGACCUUCCGCAGCCUGCCUGGAUCUGUCCCAGCCGGGAGACCCGGAGAGCGGCCAGAAUUGAGACUUUUUAAAAAAUUAAGAUUAUUUUAUUGAUAAUUAGCCACCGGCGGCAGGGCGGGGGUUGAGGGGGUGGGGAAUGGCCAUUUUGCAUCGAAGGCCCAAGAGGUUUAGUCCUAUGAGCCCUUCCCUCCCCGGGCCUGGCUGCAGGAAGGGGCCUAAAAUGGUUUCAUCUGCGGCGCCCUACAACGGAAGGCGCAAAGUCCCGCAAACACCACCAAAGGUCCAAUAAAUGCCUAAACUACUGGA